AUGGGAGAUCUGAGUCAGUUAGGACACGACCAUUCUGUGACUGACUCAGACCCUUGCACACCAGAUGCUCCACCUGCUGCCACUUCUCCACCAACUUCAGAAGAACUCGGACCUUUCACUGCCCCAACAUCACCCUCUUCUUCCUCUGAUCCUGCCUUGCAUCCCAAACCACCUCCUAUUCCACCACCACCGCCAGCUUCUGCUGGCACAGUUCACCCUGGACUCCCUGCUGUUCCUGCACCACCUGCCUCUACUUCAUCCCUGCACCCUGGACUUUAUCUGCCAGUCGUCCCACCCGGCAGCGCCACCCACCUCAUCAACUGGCUGCCUUUCUUGGCUUCAGCAACACUCGCCACCAUCCGUGGGAAGGAGGAGGACCAGCCACCUGUAGGAACAUGCUCCUUGGAAAGCGUGAAGAGAAGCAACAGUGCACCCCCACCGCCUUCCCAUGAUGACAACCACCAUGCUGCACCCGUGGAAGACAGGGCUCCAGAAGAUGCUUCCCUGCCAGCGGCUGCCCACGCCGUGCCCUCGAGCUCUGAGCAGGGAUCAGCAAAUGUGAGUGACAUCCUGGCAGAGCUGCGGACCAUGAACGGCCACCUGUCUGUCAUUGCUCGAGCCCUGACACAGCUGGCCUCAUCGCUGGCACCGCAGCAGGGCACACGUGGCACCCCACCUCCUUAG